GUUGGAUUGGUUCCCAUGGAACAGCGCGCACAUUCCCUCCUGGCAUAUUUAGGCUGUAAUGGAACAGUUCCAGUCUAUUAUUAUGAUGAGUAAAAAGAAUUUCGGUUUGUUUUGGUGCAACCACAUCCACCAAUAAUGCAACAACAAAUGAAAUCUAGCAGUUCGAAAUCGGAAUGUGUAAAAGUGGUUGUUCGAUGUCGACCGAUGUCGGACAAGGAGAAGGAGGAAAAAGAGUUGAAAGUGGUGGAUGUGAAUUGUGAACGCGGUACUAUUCAAUUGCAUCGAGUACCGAUGCCGCCCCCAUCAUGGCAACAGCAAACAACAGUCAACAACCAUAAUGAUGAUGAUGAUGUCAAGAUUUAUACAUUUGAUUCGGUGUACGAUUGUGAUUCGAAACAAGAAGAAAUCUAUGCCGAUGUUUGUCAUCCACUAGUCGAAUCAGUUUUGAAUGGUUUCAAUGGCACUAUCUUUGCCUAUGGCCAAACUGGAACAGGCAAAACAUAUACGAUGGAAGGAGUGGCCCAUGAUCCGGGGGUUAUACCACGUUCCUUUAUCCAUAUCUUUUCGCAUAUCGGUCGUUCAUCGCAUAAACAAUUUCUGGUCCGCAGCUCAUAUCUAGAGAUUUAUCAGGAAGAAAUUCGAGAUUUACUGUCGACAAACACCAACAAACGACUCGAACUGCGUGAGCGUUCUGAUAUCGGUGUUUAUGUAAAAGAUUUGUCCUCGUUUGUAUGCAAAAAUGUGACCGAGAUUGAACGCGUUCUGGCCAAAGGUCGGCAAAAUCGAGCGGUCGGUGCGACCAAUAUGAACGAACAUAGUUCUCGUUCGCAUGCAAUAUUCAUGAUAACAGUGGAACAUAUCGAAAAAGACAGUUCGAUGGCCACCGAACAUGUCCGAGUGGGCAAAUUGAAUCUAGUCGAUUUGGCUGGCAGUGAACGACAAAUCAAAACGAAAACGGUCGGUCAACGGCAAAAGGAAGCGAUCAAAAUCAAUCUAUCACUUUCGGCAUUGGGAAAUGUCAUUUCGGCAUUGGUGGACGGACGAUCCACCCAUAUACCUUACCGAGAUUCGAAAUUGACUCGAAUUCUGCAGGACAGCCUCGGUGGUAAUGCUCGUACGGUGAUGAUGGCCAACAUUGGUCCGGCCGGCUAUAACUAUGAGGAAACAUUGAUUACAUUGCGAUAUGCCAAUCGGGCCAAAAACAUCAAGAACAAACCACGUGUCAAUGAAAAUCCCAAGGAUACCUUGUUGAAAGAGUUUCAGGCAGAAAUCGAUAGACUGCGUGCACAACUCGAGGAGAAACGUAAACAGAAAUCGCGACCAUCAUCUUCGCUUACCGCGUCGACAACAGCGGCCGAGCAAAUCGAUGUGGAGGCUGUGCAAAAAUUGCAAGCGAAAAUCAAAGCUAUGGAAAGUAAGAUGCUGGUCGGCGGCAAAGACAUUGUCGACCAUACCAAUGAACAGCAACGGCAAUUGGAACAAAGAAUGGCCCAGCUACGUGAGCAACGACAACGCGAAAGACAAAUGUUGCGGCAAUUGGAAGCACACGAAGAAGCGACACAAGAGGUGCGCGAAACAUUCAGUUCGCUGCAACAGGAAGUCGAAAUGAAACGCAAAAAGCUACGCAAAGUUGUCAAAGAAUUUCAAUCAGUCAACUCGGAAAUCCGCGAUCUGCAUGAAUCGCAUUCGGAUGAUCGACGAGAAUUGGAACGCAUCUCUAGCGAUCUGAUUCGGGAUCUGAAGCUGCGAUAUCUGAUGAUUGAUAAUUUCAUUCCGGAAUAUGAAAAGACAAGAUUUCUCCGCAAAGUUUACUACGACGAUAAUGAUCAGGAAUGGCAUCUGAAAAGCGAAUCAAUCAAUCAAUCGAUGAUAAUGAGCGAAGAUGAACAAUCACGACCUUGUACGGCAUCAUCAAUCUAUCCGGAUCAGCAAAACGGCGAGAAUUGUGCAAAAAUGUUUGAUUCUUAUUUUUCCAUUUCAUUCAAGCGCAACGCAAUCGAUGAACUGGGUCUGUACAUGCCCGAAUCGACUACAUCCAACUAUAUCCAUCAUGAUGACGAUGAUGAUGAUGAGAGUGCCGAAGACGAUGAUAAUGUACAAAUCGAAAUUUUUGAUUUGGUGGAAAGUGGCGGCACCGAAAGCAAGAAUCGUGCAAAGACGGCCACCACCACUGCAUUGCGGAAUCGACAUGAAUCGACCAACGAAUGGUCUAGCAUUGGAUAUGAUUGGAACCAAAGAACUGUUGGUCGUACACCACCUCGAAUGCGGCGAUCAUUGACUGUGAUGGAUAACUAUUUUGAUGACGAAAAUGAAUGGCACGACAACGAUGGCGGAUCGAUUGAUCAUAUUGACAGUAUCAACAGUUUUUUCGAUAUCAAACGUGCCAGCACACGUAAGCAAUUUACCCGACAACAACAACAACAACAGCAGCAGCAGUUGAAUUUAAACCAAAGACCGGACACCGCUUUUCCAAGAAGUCGAGGUUUGGUGCCCAAGUAAACCAAACGAAAGGAAUGGGUGAUACAUUGGCCAUGCUGA